GAGCCCGGGUGUGCACCAAGCGAAGUCAAAGCGGGGACACACCCUCCUGUCGCCGCCCCAGUCGGCGGGGCGGGCAGAGCCCACAGCGGGCUGGGCUAUAGCAGCCGGAUGAGGAUGCGUCGUUAAUGCCAGGAGCUCUGUCCGGCAGGAGGAUGCUCCCGAGCGGGCUAUGUCUGGGUCGGUGGCAGCUGCUGCGGACGAUCCGAGCCCGCGGCCGCGGGGAUCCCAGGGAGCUGCCAUCCACACCCCAGAAAUAACAGUUACUUAUAAACACGGCCUUCCCUUGGUAACCCUCACUCUGCCAUCCAGAAAAGAGCGCUGCCAGUUUGUAGUCAAGCCGAUGUUGUCGACAGUAGGCUCAUUCCUGCAGGACUUACAGAAUGAGGAUAAAGGCAUCAAAACUGCAGCCAUCAUCACGGCAGAUGGCAGUGAAAUUCCAGCUUCAACAUUGAUGGACACUUUGCUAAUGACAGAUUUUAAGCUCAUCAUUAACAAACUACGGUAUGAUAUACGGUGUCACAAGAAAGAAGAGCCAAGUGGAGAGCAUAUGACUGAGUUGGAAAACACCAAGUCCUUGGUUCACAGACUAUUCACUAUCCUGCAUUUAGAGGAGAUCCAGAAGAGACGAGAGCGCCAUCUGAUGGCGAAGAUCGACCACCUGCAGGAACAGCUGCGGCCCUUGGAGCAGGUCAAAGCUGCAAUAGAAGCCCGGUCGGAAGCCAACACCAGUGGUCUCCUGUGGGCCGGCUUAGCUCUGCUCUCCGUGCAGGGCGGGGCGCUGGCCUGGCUUACUUGGUGGGUGUACUCCUGGGAUAUCAUGGAGCCAGUUACCUUCUUCCUGUCGUUUGCGAAUUCCAUCGUCUUUUUUGCAUACUUCAUCAUAACCCGGCAGAACUACACAUACUCAUCCCUCCGGAGCAGGCAGUUUCUUCAGUUCUUCCACAAGAAAUCGCAGCGGCGGUGUUUUGAUGUGGAACAAUACAACAAGCUAAAGGAAGACCUUGCUGAGGCUACAGAAUCCCUGGAAAGCGUGCGCCGCUCCCUCCGCUUGCGAAUCCAAGGAGAGGAAGCCAGCGAGAAGAACUAGACACACACUUUAAACUCAGCAGGCGAUGUGCUGGUCUGAUAGCUUACCAACUGGAUGUUUUUAAGGUCUUGUUCAUUUCCGCUUGACGUUUUCAUACAGUUUGGUUAAUAAAUUUGUGUGAAACAGCAAAGUAUUCAUUGAC